CAGAGGAUAAGACAAAAGUUAGAACAGAGGGUAUUGUCCACAGUUCAUUAUGAAUAAUGAACUGUGGACAAUAGCACCUCAUUAGUGGAUAAGACAAAAGUUAGAAGGCAGAUGGAGAACAAAACCUCAAAAUCAAAACCAGAAAAAAUGUGUUGUUAAUCUCAAACACCCUCCCCAAUAGAUCAGCAAGCCAUCUUUACAAUCCCAGUUAAACACAAGAAACACAAACCACCCUCUCUCUCUCUCUCUUUGCAAAUUGAAAUUAGAUACUAUUAAAUAUCAGUAUUUUUCCCCCUUCCUCUUGGUGUGUUGUUUACUUGUUUUCGAGCUCAAGUUAAAGAAACCCAAAAUCAGGCCAUUAGAAAAAGUUGUAAAGCCAAUCUCCAAAGAGGGAAUAAAGCAGGUUGACACCAUUCAACCAACCGAACUUGAUGGUUGAAGUUGCUUCGGCUGAACCCAGAGAAUGCAAAAAAGAAUUAUCCUCCAAUAAAUCAGACUCUGAGAACAGUGGAGAGGGACCCUUUCAGAAUGACUCUACAAAUGAAGGUGCUCCAAAGAAGGGACGGUCAAAAUCACAAUUGUAUGAGAUUUGUGCUGCAAACUAUUGGAAACCACCUUUAUUUGAAUGCUGCAAAGAAGAAGGGCCAAGCCAUGCAAAAAUGUUCACCUACAAGGUUAUUGUUGAAAUAAAAGAAGCCUCAACUACGGUUUUGGAGUGUUUUGGUGCCCCCCGAUUGAAAAAGAAAGAAGCAGCAGAGCAUGCAGCUGAAGGGGCACUAUGGUACUUAAAGCAUAUUGGUUUCUCUCCAAAGGAAAAUUAGACUAGCUCCUGAUAUGUGUGCGCCUAGUCCAUUCCCAUUACUAAAUGGAAAUCACAUUUUGAUUUUAAGCUCUGAAAUUUCAAGUUUUGGAAUUCCACAUUGAAAAGUAGAAAAGUAAAGAGGAAUAA